AGAUGUGUAAACACAAAAGACAGUAGCAAUCUGUCUGCGUUUGACAUGGUUAAAGCUGUUUUUCGGCCUCUAGUGGACAUAUAGUGCCAACCUUAGUGACAGUAUUAGCUGUGGGAUAACUAAAGACUGCUGUUUUCGUGGCAUAAAGGGAAUUCACUGCUAAGAUGAACGGGCUUGUCGGUGGGCCUAGGAGGGCACACACUGGCGCAGGCCGCCCCAGGAGAGCGAAUUACAACGGUGACUUUGACUCCGUCGACCCGAGCAAUGCAGUGGGGCAGGCGCCAAUGACCGGUGGCGUUUUUAAGAGCGCUGCCUUUGAAAUUCUGAAGCAAGAGGAACGGCUCAUGACUUCAGGCGAGAUCACCAAGCUGGCCAUGGAGCGCAAGCUACUUAAGUGCACUGGGAAAACGCCAGAAAACACAAUGGCAUCGGCUCUCUACACAGAAGUGCGGAAAAAAGCCCACACCACCGUGUUUAUCAAGCCCAAGGAAGGACUCUUCGGCCUCAAGGCCUGGCUGGUCGAGCCCUGGCUGCUCAGCUGGCUGGCCCAGGAGGGAAUAGAGCCAGCUGACCUGUUGGACCCCGGUGGCGGCGUGGUGGCUGAGCCCGCAUCCAAGCGCCUGCGCACGAGCUACAACGGCGCGGCCUCCAGAGCUGCCAGCGGCACGGGGUACUACACCGCUGCGGCCGCCGCAGCACACCGCUCCUCCUCCAACGGCCUGGCGCCCUCGGCUGCUGCCCAACGCAAUGCUGCAAGUCUGGUGGCCGGUGGUGCGGAGUACGGGUUUGCCCUCCAGCAGCAGCAGCAGCUGAGCGGCGGCGGCGGCGGUGGAGCGCAUCGUCGUACGGUGUCGUACGAUGAGCUUGGCGUUGCGGCUGGCGUGGCUUCAGGCGGUGGCGGUGGCGGCGGGGGUUACAGGACCUCGGUGAAUGGCGGCAGCGGGCAGCGGCACGUGUACGGCGCAGUGCCGGCAGCGGGCGGGGGACGCGGUGGAGCGGCCGCGAUGGCUCCGGGCAGCGGUGGCGCGAGUGACACGGUCAGCAGCCUGCACCUGCUUUUGGAUGCGGCAGAUGAGAUUGAGGGGGGCCCCGACGAUGAGCCUCCCGCCGUCCUACGCUCCAUGCCGCCGGGUCGCGGCAGUGCUGAUGUGGGUGGCGAUGCUGCGGAGCGGCAGUCCUCCUUCCGCCGCCACCCGCCGCCGCAGUCGCAGUCGCACCCCCCGCGAGCUCAACUGAGCCGGGAACCCUCCCUGCAGACCCUGAGUGCGCGCGGGAGCCUGCACGGCCACGAUAAUGACACAGAGGAGGACGGCGGCGGCGGUGGCGAAGGCGAAGAGGAGGACGCGGAGCAGGAUGACGCCCCUGGUGCCCUGGAGCCCCCCGCGCUCUCCAGGCAGCAGCAGCAGCACCCGCGCCUCCGCCUCCCGCGCACCUACCAGCCGCACAUGUACCCGCUGCAUCAGAAACAGCUGCAUCAGAAACAGCAGCAGCGGCACCCGCAGCAGUAUCAUCAGCAGCAGCGGCACUGGCAGCAGCAGCAGCAACAGCGCCCGCAGCUGCAAUCCCGGCUGCACGCGCGAGGAGCGACGUUGUCCGCCGCCGAACGUGAUGUGUACAGCGACGGCGAGGAGGAUGAGAUGUACGGCAACGAAGAUCUCGAAGCGCCGGCGCCGGCUCAACUACCGUACAGUCGCCGCUGGGGCCCAGGAUCCGGAGGGGACUUGUUGGAGGCCCAGAAUGACGACGAUGAAGAAUACUUUUACCUAACUCGGCAACCGCCUCUGCCGUACAACGGUCGAGUACAACGGCCUGCUGACCGUGUAGUAGCGCGCAGUGCUACUGUUGCUGCGGCGGCGGCGGCAGCAGUAGCUCAGCAGGCUGACGCAUUGGCGGCUGUCAGCAGGCGUAGCGGUCGUGCCCGGGAGCCGCUGCCCCCUCCGCUGCCGCCGCCGCCUCAGCAGCUCCGGCGUGUUGACAGCGGUCUCGACAUGGCGGAGGUCACCACCACCGGGGCUGGCGGCGGCCCCGCCUACACCUACCACGGCGAGGGAGACAGCGGAGAGGACGAAAUCGACACGACGGCUGCGCUGGCCCGGCAGCAGCAGCAGCGCUGGCAGCACCGCUCGAGGAUGCCGGCGAUGACGACGGCGGGGAGCGACGGCGGGCUAGCUGAUGCGACGCCGUUGCCCGCGGCGAUGUCUGCAGGAGGUGCCCCUCGGCGCGGUGCCGUACAUCAGGACAGCCUGAGGCCGCUGCCGCCACGCGAGGGAUCCCUCACUGGUACGUUGCGACCGGUGCCUCAGUUCCCUUCCGCUGUCGCUUCGUUUGCUGGAGGCGAGGGUGAGCCGGCGGCGGCGGUGGCGGCAGCACACAGGGGAGGGGGCGCCGUGGCAGGCAGCAGCAAUCCAAGCCGGAGCCGCGGUGGCUGCGGGCUGCCCCCUCGCGGCGCUUCCAUUAGCAGCUCCGCAGGGGUCGUGAAGGACGGCGGCGGAGGCGCGCGGGGCGGCGGUACCGGUACCUCUCCUGCAUCUGGAAGUGGUAAGGAGCAGCAGCAGCAACCGCAGCUGCCGACGACGGAGGAGGUGGUGGAGCAGUUGAGGGCGGUUCUGGCCAGCAAUGGCGCGCUGGCUGGCUUUGGUGCGGCACUGGGGCAGCUGCCUGAGGGGCUUGGGGGUGUGCUGGCAGGCCUGGGUGGCGUGGACGUGGGUUUGCUGCUGAGCGGCCUGGCUGCAGCGAGUGACGCCGCACCGGGUUCAAGGCCGAAGGCAGCGGGGGUGCCGCGGUCCGCGUCAAUGGCAGGCACGGCAACCCAUCCCGGCCCUGCUCUCGAGCAGUAUAGCGACGGCCGCGGUGAGGUGGGUGCGGCAGUCAAGACACGUGGCUCUCCGGACCCCUCGUCCGCCGGAGCUGAGGAAGUGCCACUGCCGUACGACAAUCACGGCAGCCCGCAGCAUGCAGCAGCAGCUGGGGUCGGCGGCGGCGGCAGCGGGCCCCAGGAUUGCAAACAGGGUGCAGCUGUCGCCGGUGCGGAGGCCGCCGCUUUUGAACUCAACGCAGGCGCAGCACCUGCAGCGCAGGAGGCGAGCUCGCAUGGUACCAGCGGCGGCGGCUUCCGCACUAGGGCGGAGGGUGGGGGCGAGGAGCGGCACCCCCUUCCCUUGCCGCGGUCCACUCUCACCACCCCGGCUGGCGGUCUGUCCUCAGGUGCCGGGCCGGCCUCGCAUUCCCCGCAUGCCGGCAACCAGGCCACCACGACCAUGCAGCAGCAGCCCAAGCACGGAGACGCUGCGGCAGUGCGACACAACGUGCCGCAGCACGCCCCCGCCGCCUCCACCUCUGUCGCCAUCCACGACGGAAUGAACAGCCCGGAUUCCCAACCGGACGGCGGGGACCGAACCACGCCCGAGGCCGAAGAUGCCGCACAGAACUGCAAUAAGCCGCUGCAGCAACCACCGCAACAGCAGCAGCAACAGCACCCGGGCUUUUUGGACCAGUGCAAUGCAGCAGCACGUCUUGGCUCGGGUGCUGCACUCUCCCAGUCGCCCCCAGCAUCAUGCACAGGCAUCGGUACCGGUCCCAGCGGCGUCCCACGCGACCCCCAGUCGGCGUCUGCCGAGGGGCGGCUGCGGAGGCCGUCAGGGCUGGGUCCCUGGGGGUCCCAUGGCCGGCCUUUCGGGCAGGACGUGGACUCCAGGCCGCCCCCCGCCUCCCUGCCACCACAGCCCCUCCAGCCCGCACAACACCCCGCCCAGCACCAGUCCCAGCCCCCACAGGCCUCCUACCCGGCCUCCCACCCGGCCUCCCACCCGGCUGCCCACCCGGCCUCCCAGCCGGCCCCGCUGGUGGCCAUGUCGGUGGUGGAGCAGCUGCAGCAGCAGCACCUGGCGCUGCUGCCGGCGGUGGAGGCGGCACGACCCGGGGACGUACCCGACCCAGAGGCGAUCAACCGCAUCCGCCAGCAGGUCCUAGAAGUGCAGUCCCGCAUGGGUCCGCUGCACCCCGAGACGGGUCGCGCCUACGUCCUCCUCGCUCGGGUGUUGGAGCACAAGGGCACCAGCUGGAGCCUCAGCAUGGCGGAACGGGCGCUGCUGCGCGCGUGGACCAUCGUGGGGCUGGUGUCCAGCCGCCGCCGGACGUCCGAAUCCGGGUCCGCGGCGGCCGCGGUGGCUGGCGUCGCGGCAGCUGCGGCGGCGGAGGCGGGCGCUGACGGCGCCUCCGAGCUGCUGGGCCAGCUGCCGGACAGCUUCCACACGUUUCAGUACCUGUUGGAGCAGAUUCGCGUGAAGCAGAGUUACCUGCAGCUGCAGCAGCAGCAACAGCUCGUGACGCUGCUGCAGACCAUGGCUGCUGCGCGUGCACUGGGCGGCGGCGGCGGCGGCAGCAGCAGCGGAAACGGCACCUCCUCCAGUCUCAAGGCUGCAGCCGGGGCGGCAGGGGCGGAGGCGGAGGCUGCGGUGUCCGGUGAUGCUUCGCCUGUGGCCACGGGUGCGGGCAACGGGCUGCUGGGGUCGUCAGCGGCGGCGGCGACAGCGAUGCCGUCGGGUGUGAUGUCCCAGCUGGUGUGUCAGCUGCCGGCCACCGCGGCGCAGCAGGUGCAGCUCGCACUCGUGCAGCAGCUGCUGCCGCCCAAGUACCCGGCAGCAGCUGCUGCGGUCCAGAAGCAGCAGCAACAGCAGUUGUUGUCGAGACGGGCGGAUCCAAUGGCGGCCGGAGCUGCGCAUGCGGCUGUGGAAGGAGGAGGAGGGGUGUCGCGCGUUUCUGGUGGUGGUGGCUUUGGGCGAGUGGGCGGUGGUGGUGCGGUGGCGACAGGGGCGGCGGGUGACGCCGAGCAGCAACCGGGCAGUCCGGUGCAACAACAGUAGCUGCAAGGCGUGUUUCGCGUUGGGGGUUGCUGUUGGGCAUUGUCUUGGUUGGGUUUUGUUGGUUUUUGCUGGUGAGGGGUUUGCUUUGGGGUGUUCUGGGCAAUCACCACGAGGGGUUUUGCUUUCACAUGCUGUGGGAUGUGAAAGCGGCUGAAUCGGGUGGCCAUGGUAGCUUUUGUGGUGAGGACGAAACCGGGGGAGUGCAAAGGUGGAACGGAGGCGGAACUAACAUGGGCUCCCUCACAUCCUCUCACAUCCUACCUUGCUGCUGCUGGUUCACGUGUGGAAGGGCCCAGCCCGGGCUGCUGGGAGGCGGGUAAGGGCGCUGCGCGCAGGAUGGCUUGGGGCGCUUUGGCAAUCUAUUUCAUGUGUAUGUGUAUGACGAGGCACUGACAUGGGAUUACGGUAACCCGACAUGGCUGUCUUAUCGGUUCAGGCUGACCUAUCCUGCAGCCGCUAGCUGUGUGCUCUUGGUGUUGUGAUGGUUUAGGGGCCGUUUAACUGUGUUGACAAGGGCACAUGACGUGAACAUGAUUGGCUGCGUCCGCUUGCUUAGAUUGGUGACACCGGAUUGAUGACCCCUACCACUAACCUUUUCAUCAUUUGGAAUUGACUAGUUCCAGGCGACUGCAGUUGGGGGUGGGGUGGCCGUGGGGUUGCGGUUUCUGUGCUGCUGUCGCGGCCCGACUUGCCAGUGAGGGAGGACCCUCCGGCGGAGGGGCAAUAGCUGCCGCAACGAACCUACAAAGCUUGCGACAUGUGCGUCCCUACAAAACUAAGUAGCGUCUGUUACAAAACAAUUAAGUAGGCACAUUAACCAACUGAGGCAAUCGGUUUAUUUUGCUGCGGGUGUGGCGGGCGGAAUGGUGCGUCCUAGACUGAGGGCCCCUGGGCCGGGUUGAGAUCCGCUCCCUUCUCGUCUGGCAGGGAAAGAGGGGGGGGGUCGCCGUUACACGUCUUGUUGCCUCUAACGGACCGCAUCUUUUGAUCAGGACAUUCACCGUCCUGACACGUUUUUGUCUCCUCCGCUUGUUGCUGUUGCUCGACCUGCUUUUGGCUUACAGACGAUGGAUGGGGUAAAGAUGCGUACCGUAACUGCAAUUGAAGCGGCUCUUAGUACCGGUAUUUGAGAUUUUUUCCUUUUUUGCUGCCCUUAGCCUCUCGCGCAUCGUUGGGAGGGCUCCCCGCCCUCGCAAGCCCCAC